AUGAGAGACUACACUUGGUCGACAGUGUUUGCAAUAUCCGUAUGGUGGAUCUGGAAAUGGAGGUGCUGGAAUGUGUUUGGAAAUAAUGGAAAGUGCAGGGACCGAGUGAGAUUUUUGAAGAACCUUGCCACAGAGAUCUCCUUGGCGAAUGAGAAACUCCGCGGAAGACAGGCUGUGGGGACUCGAGUGGAACGACGUAUAGCUUGGAAACUGCCAGAGAAUGGAUGGUGGAAGAUGAAUACUGAUGGAGCUUCAAGGGGAAAUCCAGGCUCCACAGCUACAGGUGGUGUACUCAGAGAUGAGUAUGGUACGUGGGUCUCUGGUUUCGCUUUGAAUAUUGGUGUGUUCUGCUCCACUAGCAGAGCUAUGGGGAGUCUAUUAUGGCCUAUAUGUGGCAUGGGAGAGACGAAUCCCACGCUUGGUCAUUGA